AUGGAAGUUGAGACUCACUCUGCCUUUGAUCUUAACCCGAAUUCAAACCCCUAUGACAUUCACCCGUCGGGUUUUCGGACCUCCGAAUACCCCGACCCGACAUUCCGUCUCUCCCUUCACGAUGAUACGCCAUUAUCUGAAACUUUUCAGUUGUCGGAGGAGCUGCACGCGCUUGGAAGCGCGUGUUCUCAGUCCAACGCUGCUGUUUGUGUUCAGAAAGUCUACCGUGGUUACCGUACACGGCGGAGGUUGGCUGAUUCCGCCGUUGUCGCUGAAGAACUAUGGUGGCAAGCGAUAGAUUUUUGGAGGUUGAAUCGUAGUACGAUUUCGUUCUUUAAUUUGCCUGAAACUGCUGCGUCUCGCUGGUCUCGAGUCACACUCAAUGCUUCCAAGGUUGGUAAAGGACUGUCCUUAGACGCCAAAGCACAAAAAUUGGCUUUUCAGCACUGGAUUGAAGCUAUUGAUCCACGCCAUCGCUAUGGACACAACUUGCAUUAUUAUUACGAAGAAUGGUGCAAAACUGAUUCUGGUCAGCCUUUCUUUUAUUGGUUGGAUUUGGGGAACGGGAAAACUCUUGAUCUUGAUCGGUGUUCCCGAUCAAAGCUUCGAAAACAAUGCAUAAAGUAUCUUGGACCUCAAGAGAGAGAGAACUAUGAAUAUAUUGUCUGCGAUGGAAAAAUUAUCAACAACCAAUCUGGAGAUUUUCUUCAUACCAAAAAGGAUACUGCAGAUGCUAAGUGGAUAUUUGUAAUGAGCACUGAGAAGAAACUUUAUGCUGGAAAGAAAAAGAAGGGACAAUUCCAUCAUUCUUCCUUUUUGGCUGGUGGAGCUACCUUAGCUGCGGGACGGCUCGAAGCUGAGGAUGGGGUUCUAAAGUCCAUCUCUGCAUAUAGUGGACACUAUCGGCCAACAGACGAAACGCUUGACGCCUUCUUAUCAUAUCUCAGGGAAAAUGGUGUCAAUCUUGACGAAGUUGAGAUUCGCAAACCAAAUGAUGACCUUGAUAAUUAUGAGGAAGGCAAGCUUGGCGAGAGAUCCUUAACAACUGGAAUCUCCAUCACUUCUGAGAUAUCUGAGGAAACCGAGAACACUCCAUCCCAAGAUAAGGAAGACCCUCCUCAGCCCGAAAUCACUGUUGGUAGUUACAAAAGGACUCUGUCAGGUGGUCUUCAGAGUCCACGCGCGACUGAGGUGUCCAAGACUUCUAUAUUGCAAAGAAUCAAUUCCAAGAAGGGUUCACAGUCCUACCAACUGGGACAUAGCCUUUUGCGCAAAUGGUCGACUGGAGCAGGACCUAGAAUCGGCUGUGUUAACGAUUAUCCCGUGGAGCUUAGACUACAGGCAUUGGAAAUGGUUAACCUUUCUCCAAAACUUCCACCAUCUCCAUUGUCAUGCAUGUUAAGGGGCGGUCUUGUUUCGCCUACAGCUCCUCCGACACCCAACACGGUGCAAAUUUACAAGGAUGAGAGUCUGGUUAAUUGA